AUGCCGAGGCCCAUGUCACCGUCAAUGCCACCGUGGAUGCCACCACCCCAACAAGUCGCACACAUCUUGUCCUGCCUGUCCAGCCGCCUCCUCGAUGCCGCCAGCCUGGCCGCACGAGCCUCCCUCGCCGGCCUCCUCCUCGGCACUGCCCUCCUCCUGGCCCUCGCCAUCUACCGCCUCCACCUCCACCCCUUGUCUCGCGUCCCUGGGCCCCGCCUCGCCGCCCUCACCAACUGCUGGCUCGCCUGCCAUGUCCGAAACGGCCGCAUGCUGCAGCUUGGCAAGACCCUGCACGCCCGGUACGGCCCCGCAGUCCGGGUCGGCCCUAACGAGGUCUGGUUCGACACCAAGGACGCCUUCAGGCUGAUCUACAGUCCUACCAACGGCUAUGAAAAGUCAUCCUUUUACCUGGCGACGGAGCUGCUCAAGCCCAGGCUCGACGCCCGCCUCGCCAUCCCGUCCCCGGACACCCUGGACCUCCUCGCCGAGCGCGACAUGAGGCGCUACCGCCUGCAGAGGCGCCUGAUCGGCCCCGUCUACCACGCCAGCAACGUCAGGCGCUACGAGGCCGCCGCCGACGCCGUCCUGCUGCGCGUCAUCCGCCGGCUGCGCGCCCUGGGCGACGAGGAGGAGGUCGACCUCACCGAGUGGAUGCACAUCGUCACCGUCGAGUGCCUCGGCGCCGUCAGCCUGUCCUGGUCGCCCGGCUACCUCGACGGCGGGUCCGACGGCGGCUCGGGCGAGCUGGCCUACACGGGCUGGAGGCGCAAGAGCGUCUUCGGGCUCUUCCCCCUCGCCGUCAUCGUCGAGCCCUUCUCCAAGCACUUUGGCCGCGCCUUCUCUGUCCUCUGGGGCGUCACCUACCACAUCCCAAAGAGCAGGCCAUUCUUCCCUGCCGUGCAGAAGAAGACCAACUCUCGCAUCCGCUCGGUCCUGCGGGGCAAGGCCCGCAACAACAAGCAGGACAUCACGGCGGACCUGAUCAGGCUUCACCAGCAGCGGCCCGGCGAGUUCAAGGAGCACUACCUGCGGCGCAUGGCCAUCACCAACUUCGGCGCCGGCCACGAGACCAUGACAUCGACGCUGACCUCGGCACUCGCCAUGCUCGGCGCGCACCCCGAGGCCCAGCGGCGAGUCGCGCGCGAGGUGUCUGCCGCCGCUGCCGCUGCUGCUGCUGGUGCUGGUGCUGAGGGCCAGGGACAGGGACAGGGACUGUUUCCCUACGACGAGGCGGCGCGGCUCCGGCUCACGCAGGCGAGCAUCAGGGAGGCGCAGCGGCUGCACCCCGUCAUCGGCAUGGCGCUGCCGCGGAGGGUGCCGUUGGGCGGCAUGGCCGUGCACGGGCUGGCGGUCCCGGCGGGCACGACGGUGGGCUGCAACCCGGUGUCGCUGCACCGCAGCCGGGAGAUCUUUGGGGAGGACGCCGACGAGUUCCGGCCGGAGCGGUGGCUUGUCGGCGGUAGCGGCAGCGGCAGCAACCAGAAACAAGACCAAGACCAGCAACAACAAGAAGAAGAAGAAGGGGGAGAAGGGGAAGAGGAAAAGAGGAUCAGGGCCAUGGAGCGGUAUAACCUCAUCUGGGGCGGGGGCGCGCGGACCUGCCCCGGCAGGCACCUCGCCGAGAUGGUCGUGUCCAAGGCCGUGGCGGCGCUGGUUGCGAACUUUGAGGUCGAGGUCGCUGCUCUGCCGCGGGAUGAGGAGAUGCCUUAUUACUUCAUGGCCAUGCUUACUGGUGUCAAGGCGCGGUUCAUACCCCGGGAGGUGGUCGUACCGGGGGUGGCGGGUGGUGAGGCGGCGGCCGGUUGAGCUUGGGGCUGCGGACGUUCUUGAUGAAGGGGGUGGUUGAUCGGCCUUCUUUGACCGUGGCGGGAUGGGCGGCCUGGGCAGACAUGGCAUGUUGGCGUGCUGGCGUGUGCCGGGCUUGACCUGUCCAUUCACUGCACGGACUACUGCUACUUUAGUGGUCGUGACAGAUGCCUGGCGUUGUGGCCUUGCUGCCAUCGCACGACGACACAGACCCGAGCCACGACUCCAGACCGAGGAAAACGGGUGCCCCCGCAGCCCUCUGCAGCCGUAAUUAUGUGAAUCCCGCUUGGGUCCAACUGCUCGUGGAUGGCAGGGAGUUAACUAACUUGUCUACGGGCAUAGCGGUUAGACAGUCUGCCGGCUGGAGGUUGCCUCGCGCAAGGCCCGUUGAGGACGGUGAAGCCUUGGCCGAGGCCGUUUCCGGUUCCUUGGCUGUCUAUUGAUGGAUGCCAAUUGAUGGAGAAGUGCGACAUGGACAAAUGACCGCGGUGGCUCUCCAUUGACAGGACAGCCUGGGGGGCAGAUGCACUGGCUACGUGGAAUGAACCGACGGUUGUCUCGUGUCGGCUGGCGAUCCGGAUCAACAGUGUCGUUGGUGAUGGCAGUAGUAGAUCGGCGGGCAGAGUACCAGCACCUGGAUCCUGGUACGGAGUAUCCUGGUCAACCCCACGCCUCGCCCCGGCCUGUAGACCAGGUAGGUGUUUCACGUAUGACUCGGGCUGUCGGCGCCGAUGGACAAGGGCCCAGGCCCAGGCAAGACACGCCGUUGACUGGAAUGCGCCGUUGCACCGUUUUGAUCUGCGGAGGGCCAUCCGGGUACCCGAUCCUUACCUGUCUGCCUGUCAGUCAGGAUAGAUAGAUGACAGACACGUGCGGACAGGGUUUGACAACGUGGGAGGUGCGAGGGUAUCUUGACGGGAGGAAUGUGUAGAGUAUAGACAGAGGUAGAAAUAAGUACAACCCUGUGUCUUGUCUCA